AUGGGACAGAUUUAUGUUGAUGAACGCUGCGCAUGACACGCAACUCACCGAGUCGGGGCAGUGAUAACAACAUCAGCAUGCUGUGAGGAGGCACGGAGAGAAAGGUUUCUCAUUGCGGUAGCCGGACAAGCUUCACACGAUGGCGACCAACGAAAUCCGUAUUUUACCCCCUCCCCAAGAGCGCACAGCACUGGUCCAGAGACCCGAUAGGCGUUUCCCGAACAAGAACACGUAUCGCAUUGUCGGGGGCGUGCAUGUGACAUUUGGGAUCCUUUGUAUUGUGUUGGCCGGAUUGGCCAUACAACAGCGAGCUCCAUGGAGUCACCUCGGGAUUGGGCUGUGGGGCGGUGUUUUGUUUAUCGUAACGGGUUGCUGUGGGUAUUCGGCAUCACUUUUGACGAAGAAAUAUAAGGUUACUGCCUUCUUGAUAAUGUCCAUUGCCUCGGUGCUAGUAGCGAUGCUCACCGUGAUUCUGUGUGCCCACGGAGCUAUUAGGCAGACCGGCGGUCCCGUCUGGAUUCACCACGUCUUCGGGCAUGACGACGAUGGGGAGCAUUUCUAUCACGCUCAGAUUCAUGGACCCUCUGUCGAUCAUCCGGAUGAAUCACAAAGCCAUUCUGUCAAUGUGUUUCUGGCAGUUGUUGGCGGGUGCGAGGCACUUCUCGGCCUGUUCUCAGUCUGCAUAGCAUACAAACGGAGAACAACCGACAACCCAGGAUCAGUGAUGCAGUCGGGUUCACAGCUGUCUCCAUAUGUGGUUUAUACUGUCCCUGCUUCAUCCGCGUUCAUCGUGCCACAACCAGGUAUGUUGAUGAAUCUGGCUCCAAGCCAGCCUGGCUGUUCUUCCGUGCUCCCCUCGCCCACAAAUGAUUCCCAAGAUGCAAUGGGCUCCCAGUCCACACCAGGCCUUCCGCCAUCUUACAACGAGGCCAUAUACAAAGUCCCAAGUGGUUCGUCAGAGCCCUUCGAUAUUACAAAGUACCAGAAUAGCCAAAAUGAAAACAAAAUUUAGAAAGGCAUUAUUCAUUCUUGGCGUUCGCUUGUUUAAAUAUGAAAUUCAACUAUACGGUAACCGUAUAAAUGAUGUUAACUAUUAAGGAUGCUUUUUGUACUAUUUUUUUAAAAAUCAAAUUGCUGGAAAUAUUUUUGACUAAACAUUACGAAACGUCACGUAAAGAGCAUGAAAUAUUACACACCCUUAAAAUUCGAAAUUUGUGAAUUCUUUUGAAAAGAAAUAUGCUAAGUACUGUUUUUUAUUUCGGUUGCGGGUGCUUACUUUGGUAUCUUAAUAAAACCAAGUGUUUGGAUAUCAUAUCUUGUUCCUUCUUCAUUCUUUCCAGAGAUAAGAUCAAUCCAGAAGCUCUAAGGUAGUCAUCGGGCCUCAAAUGUCCGGAACAGCCU